AUGCAGAAAGAACAGUUCAUCGUCUUUGGUCAAUCGCAAACACAAGCGCGUGAGUUCCCAAAUUCACAAUCCCCCACUAACGCUUCAUCAGCAAGAGAGCAGAGUUCGGAUCGAUUACUCCCUUCUGAAUCGUUGUUUGAUUUUCGAUUAGGUAGAUCAUCAUACCCGUUGAAAACCCUAGGCUUGAAUUUAGAAGCGUUCUCCGGGGCGGCCGGCGGGGGUGUUCGUAUAUGUAUGGCUUCAGGGAUAUUAGAUGCGGACAAGAUAAGCAAAGGAAAGAGUAAGUGGGGAGAGGAGGGUAAUAAAGUCUACACGAGAAGAUUCAAAAGGAUCGCCAAGAACACCACCGCCGAUACCCCCUCCUCCCCAACCACUACCGACACCGUCACCGUCGCCGCUACAUCUCCGCCUACUACCAGAACCAACACAUCCAAUCCAGCUUCUCCACCCACCGCCACAAACAACGAGCAAAAUCUAGCUACUGAAGACGCGAAUUCGGAACAUCAACAUACUCUAUCGCCGGUAGUAGAGGUAUCAGAUGAUCAUUCGGUUCAAAUUGCCGCUUCCCCAAAUCGGCCCACCGGGAACGGUGUGAUAAAACCGGUUGUUGUUAUUGUCGGCGAUCGGGUUAAGAUUAAUUUAAAAGCGGCGAAGUCUAAGAAUGAGAUUAUCGAGCUUAGAGAGAAGCUGAGAGCCGAGCUUAAUCGAGUCCGACGUGUAUCUCAGAAACUUGAAGAUAAAGAAGCUGACACCUUCUCCGCUGUUCUUGCUGUUCCUGCCGACGUUGAAGCUUACAGUCAUUCACAGUAUUCAGGUAAUGAUAUCAUCGAGAGGAGAGCUUUGCUCAGAGUGAAUUCAGAAAUGGGUACUGAUUUUGUGGACAGGAGAGCCUUGAUGAGACUGAAUUCUGAUAUGGGUUCGGCUCCCAAUACUGACAUGAGGCCUUUUAGGCAACUAAAUGUAUCAGUUGUGGAUAACAACAACCAUGGAGUCGGUGAGUUUGUUGAAAAAGAAAAAAGGACACCAAAGGCUAAUCAGUAUUACAGGAAUUCAGAUUUCCUUCUUGGAAAAGACAGAUUACCACCUGAAACCAACAAGAGGCAGAAAGCUAAUGGUGGAAGAAAACACAGCAAGGAAUCAGAUUAUUCUUCUGGACAUGAAAGACACAGGAAUCAGAUGUUCAAGAACUGCAACAAUUUGCUUCAGAGGUUGAUGAAGCACAAACAUGGUUGGGUGUUUAACGAACCUGUUAAUGCAAAGCUUCUUGGACUCCAUGAUUACCAUGACAUAAUCAAACACCCGAUGGAUUUUGGCACAAUUAAGAGUCGACUUGCUCAAAACUUCUACAAGUCUCCAAUGGAGUUUGCAGAGGAUGUGAGGCUGACUUUUUACAACGCCAUGACAUAUAAUCCAAAAGGACAAGAUGUACAUGUUAUGGCAGAACAAUUAUCAAAUAUAUUUGAAGAAAGGUGGUCAGUGAUUGAAUCUGAAUCAAACCCAGAUUGGAGAUAUGGAAUGAUUUAUGAUGCAAACACUCCAACUCCAACAAGUAGAACACCCACUUCAAGAAAAGCUCCUCAUUUUGCACAUGCUCCUUCAAGAACACUGUACAGGUCAGAAUCCAUGUCUUUACCUUUCAUGAAUCGGCCAAAACCCAAAAUUGCCCCUCCAAGUAGGACACCAGCACCCAAGAAACCCAAAGCUAAAGAUCCCAACAAGAGGAACAUGACAUAUGAAGAGAAGCAAAAACUGAGUACAAAUCUUCAAAGCUUACCUUCUGAAAAGCUCGACAACAUUGUCCAAAUCAUCAAAAAGAAGAACACUUCACUUUCUCAACAUGAUGAUGAGAUUGAAGUUGAUAUCGAUAGUGUUGAUAUAGAAACUCUAUGGGAACUCGAUCGGUUUGUCACAAAUUACAAGAAGAGUUUGAGUAAACACAGAAGGAGAGCUGAACUUGCUCAACAAGCUAAUCGAACUGUGUUACAAAACCCGAACCCUGUGACAUCCACUAUGGAGGCCCCGAAAGAAAAUAAUAAAACAAGAGGUGAGAAGAGCAUUGCUGGAAGUGGUGGUCCUGGUGAAGGAGGAGAUAAUGGGGUUGGAAGUAGUAGGUCUAGUAGUUCAAGCAGUUCUAGUAGUGAUUCUGGAUCAUCUUCAAGUGAUUCAGAUAGUGAUAGUUCAUCUGAAGAUGGAUCGGAUGCAGAUGCAGCUCAUUCACCUACAACUUGAAUGGCAUAGAUUAAGUAAGAUUUUCAUCAACAACUCAACUGACAGGUGUCCUAAGUCCUAACAAAGAAAAAGAAAAAGAAUGUUUUUGUGCAAGUGCAAUUGGCCGAGAUUGUUGAUUGUUGAUUUGUAAUUAAAGAUGGUGCCUUGCCUUUUGUUAUUAGCAAGUAGAAAUUAGUAGUAGUAGUAGCAGGGUGUAUGAUAUAAGAGAGUUGGAUUGUGGGCCCCAUGCGAUCAAUCAACA